UGUUGUCGUUCAUUGUCGCCGAAUCGCGAGAGGGCACGUACGAGAGUGUGGGCACUGUGCGAACGCAUAUUCGACGUUGCUUACGCACACGGCAGUCUCGGAGUAGAAGGAAAGUGUGCGUUGUGGGUCGCGUCGCGUCGCGUCGCGUUUCAUCGCGCUGUGUGUCGUCGUUCGGUUCUGUGCCGUGCCGUGCCGUGCCGUCCCGUGUCGUGUUCGCGCUGUGCCCCGUCGCUGUGCCGUGGCGAUCCUCCCGAGCCUCCACGUUCGGAUACUGCCCAGCCAUGAUAGCUACCGCGAGCGCGUCUCCGCCGCGACGCGCGAGGCACGUCGGCGCACCGCUCUAGCUUUCGGCGCCCGACCGACCGCAAGAUGCGAGAGGUCCGUUCUCGGGAGAGCAUCCUCGCGUGAAAGUCAGCGUCGCAGAAUGGUGGUGGAUUACUGCUUGUCGAUUCAGACCUCAGCAACUGCAGUAAGAAAGCAGGAGCGAAGGUUAGGUGGCACAGUGGGUGCAAAGAUGCAACCCAACAGUGGAGGUGGAGGAUGUGGAAUGACACCCAAAGAGCUCUCUGACAAUGAUGACUUGGCAACAUCCCUCGUACUGGAUCCCUAUCUAGGAUUUACCACACAUAAAAUGAACAUUAGGUACAGACCAUUGAAGGCAAACAAAGAAGAACUUCGGAAAAUUAUUUGUGAAUUUAUUCAAACUCAAAAUUAUGAGAAAACAUACAAGAAAUUAAUGGGUGGAGAUUGGGGUGCACGGCUUCCCCAUACAAAAUCCAAACAACAGCAGAUCAAUUUAGAAAAUCACAUCAAACGAUACCUGCGAGUUUUCGAUAAGGAUUCCGGCUUUGCCAUAGAGCCAUGCUAUAGAUACAGCCUAGAGGGACAAAAGGGUGCUAAAAUCUGUGCCACUCGGAAAUGGAUGAAGCACGAUAAAAUUUCCUGCCUGGUCGGUUGCAUAGCAGAACUUAGUGAAAAGGAAGAAGCUGCGUUGUUGCAUCCUGGGAAAAAUGACUUCUCUGUGAUGUUUAGUUGUCGAAAGAAUUGCGCUCAAUUGUGGUUAGGACCAGCCGCAUAUAUAAACCAUGAUUGUAGAGCGAACUGUAAGUUUGUGGCGACGGGACGAGACACAGCAUGUGUCAAGGUGUUGCGUGAUAUCGAGGUGGGCGAGGAAAUCACAUGUUUCUAUGGGGAAGAUUUCUUCGGCGAUGGCAAUUGUUACUGUGAAUGUGAGACUUGCGAGAGGCGAGGAACCGGCGCUUUCGCGAGUCAAAAACCAGGCGAAGAACUGUCGUCUGGUUAUCGUCUGAGAGAAACAGAUAAUCGAAUCAAUCGAACUAAACAUCGACAGCAGCCAUUAAAUAGAAACAAACAGCAAGCUGAUACUGCUCUCACCGAAAGAAAUGCAGUUCUGGUUGGAAAUGCGGCAGUCGCGCCUCAGUCUCUCAGUAUGAAGGAGCUGCGACGCAAAGGGCUCACCAAAUAUGACGCAGAACUGCUGAUUGCGCAAGGCUGCCGUUUUUCUGAUAUCAAUCAGCAGCAGCCGACAAUCAACAACGGCGAGAAUAUGCUGCAGACUCGACCACAUCCCUCUGCGAUCGCGACUUCUGUCACGAGGAGUCUCCGGAACAAACAAAUGUGCAAGUUUGACGGCAGUACUGGUGACGGAAGUGUCAUGAAGAAUACUCAAUCGCUCAGAGCGUCUAGACUUCACAAGAGAACGGAGUCGAAGAAAGGAAAAGUCGGUAUGAAAUCUGCAUCACCCUGUCUCAACAAUCCCGUUGUGAAAGAUAUGGAAGUAGUGGAUAUAGGUCAUCGAAAGGAUGACUCUGACAGAGUACCAGUGCAUAAGGAAAGUUUAUAUUCGCGAUUACAAAAACAUCAUCUGCCAAACGCAUCGGAGGCAGACCGCGAUUUCUGCGUGGAACAACCACGGUGUACCACGGCGGAGGAAUCGAACGAAAAUGCCUGUCCGCUGCGACUGACGGAGAUGGAAGAUACCGGGGAGUUGAACGGUGAUGGCGACUCGGCGGAAGACGAACGGGGAAUACCGAAUCUCACCGCGGAAGUCGAUCCUGAGGCAAUAGAUAACGUUAAUUCUUCCAAUUAAAAAGGACAUUAUAGUACAAACGCCUGUGAUUCAAUCCGAUUAAGUUCCACGUCUCAAGCUCAUGUAUCACAACGCUUACAUACCGCGGAAUUGAUUCUCGAGGACACGGAUUGUCACUCGAGGGACUACCAUCAUUCUUUAUCGCCCGUGCGGCAUAAGGAAAACGAGAACAAUCUUUGCGAUACCGUUGAGCGGACAAGUAGCGUUAACAAACGUUCCAGAUCUCACGGUAAACGACUCUCCUCGACGGACGAACGAAAUGAUCGUAAGACGCCAAACGAAGAGUCGUCUUGCGAGUUCGAGGACGACGAUUCGUUGUCAGUCGAAGAAAAGAAAACAUUGCAAUCUGAAUUCCAAGAGAACGACAUCUUACAUGAGACGAGCUCCCGAUCAGAUGACGAAUGUUGCGAUAUAAAUUCUACGAAGGUAAUUGCAGUGCGGAAGUACGCUAUGGAGAAGGAAGUGGAAAGUGAAGGUUGCGAAAGUCCGAUCAUGUUGGCAACGGGUCGCUCGGACAGUGUCGAGUUAUGUGAACUAAACUCUGAAGGAAUCGUAGAGGCGAAAGAUGAUACCAAGAACGUGUUAAAGUGUUAUAAUGAUACAGUUUCAAAUCUUGGGGAAGAAGAGAAGAACAUUGUGACGAAAAGUGACGCGUGUGUCGCGAGCAUCGAUACUGGCAUCAGAUCCAGAAUGGCAAUGUUAUGCGCGACGGAGAGGGACUCCAGAAUAAAUAUUACGGAUGGAAAUAACACAGCGAUCUUCAAUAACGUAGACACUAUGAAUUAUAAUAGCGAUCUAACCGGCCAUAGAAAUUUAGACGACAAUCACGAUUCUGCAUCAAUGAAGAAAUCAACAUCUAGACGGAAAGAUCACGCUUCAGACACAUCUUCGAAAUCGUCUCGUAAAUCACAGAAGAGACUUUCAAGCGCCAAGUUGAAAUAUGGGAUGUUGACAGAAGGUGUUCAGGAUGAUUUAAAGAGUCAUAGCAAGGGAAAAAGCAAGAACAAAUCUAUCAAAAGCCAGAGAAGGGAUCGACAGAGAUCGGCGACAGCCGAGAUAGGGGAAGCCGACGACGACUCGGGCAUCCAGGGCGAUAUCUACGAGUUCAGUGAGAAGGAGAGCAAUUUAGAGGAUAUCGGCAUAUUAUCCAUAAUCAGACGCGGCAAACACGACUCCCGUCACGCGUCCUCGAUUACCGUGUCGCCUGUGCAAGAGGUGCAAUGCAAUGACGAGUACAAUAAAGCCGAACCACCGGUGUUGGUUCCGGAGGAACCGUGGCCUCCAACUGUGUCCCAAAGCGAACACGGCACAGAAUCCAACAGCGGUGUUCAGUCUAAAAUAAACUGUGAUGUUGAAGUGAGCUUGGAACGAUUGACAGCCUACGAAAAUAAUGGCAGUACGCGAAAAUCAACCCCGUCCGAGUGCCAAUGGCGAACAAGCAGUUCGAGCGAUUGUCGAGUUUGCCCGGUGACGCCGGAGAGAACCGGCGGUCGAUUAAAGUUGACGUUGCGCAUGAAGCGAUCGCCAGUGCUGGACGACAUCGUUGAGUCCGGCACCAGCGGUCUAAGCGAGGAUAGUUACGAGCCUGAAUACGAGGUGUUGCGCGUCGAGGGAUUAGAGAGACGCAAACGCCGGAAGAAGCAUAAGAGCAGAGACCGCGAAAGACGGCAUAAGAAGUCACGCGAGUUGAAUCUCGAUCCACCGCCGCCGCCCAUGAAAAGAUUACGCUUGAUUCUCGGCAACGAGACGCGCACCAUCGAUCUAACGCACUCUUAACAGCUAUAAUUCCUUCCGCCUCCCUCGACAUGCCCCCAUCGUCAUGACGCGCGUGUAAUAUCAAUUUCAUUACGAUAUAUAGACUAUCUUUUUAAAUAUAAUUAAAAACUGAAGAUCAUCCAGGACAAGUUAGGCCUCCUCGUCCUACGACAUGUGACAGCGAGUUCAUAUCGAACUUGAAGAUAAUUUUCACGAUGAAACUUGAUUUAGUGUUAGAGCUAGUAUCACUAUUUCCUUAUCUUUCUCAUUCGCUCUUUCAUCUAUCUUUCUCCCUGUCUUUUCCUCUCUUGUAAUCUUCGUUAUUUAAAUCUUCUAGUAAUAUCUUAUUCUUCUAAUAACAACGAAUCUCUGAGGGCCUAUCGAGAUAUCGUAAACGAGAAAAAAACGUGUAGAUGGAAGAAUUUUUAGAUCGAGUACAUGUUUUUCCUGUAGAGUAAAAUAUCGUACAAAUCAGAGCUAUAGUACGUGAAUACUUAUCCAAACGUUGUACACAAUUAGAGAUUGAUAAAGUGCUUUAGCGUACUCUAAAUAGAUAAUUCUUAUUGAUUUUAUUGGAGCCAAAUUGAGUGUAUCUGUUAUUUUUCGAAAUUUAAAGUAUCAUCUAUAAUGAAGAAGUAUAUCGAGUUACAGAAUUUUCAAAAAUUCUAUUUCUUUUCGCAUUUCUUUUCCUUUAGAUAGUUGUCUCCUAAUGAACUAUACCAUACAUGCAACAGAUUGUAUCGAUCUCGUAUUUCGUGAGAUAUAAGCGUAUUCGAGUUAACUCUUACAAACUGUAUCUCAAAUUGUCUCUCAGUAGCGAAUCAUUUCGUAAGAUAAUUCUUAUUAUCGUUACUUUCUGCGUGGUACUCCAAAACGGAGAAGGACGAAGGAGGAGGAGAUCCCUAUACUUAUACUAUGUAUAAUAAUUAUCUAACUGAUUAAAAGAAAAAAAUUUAGCUAAAUAUUAGUUAGCAUUAUAUUAUAAUCGCUAUUCUCGAACAAAGGGUCAAAAAUAUCAUGUGGAAAACCUUGUAAAUAUUGCUUAUAUAUAUAUAUAUAUAUAUAUAUAUAUUAUAAGUAAUUAUAUUAUAUAUAUAUUCUGUAUUUCGGUGUAUUACAAUGUCUUUCGAUGCGAGUUGCAGGCAGGCAUCGCAUUGCAUAUAUCAUUGUAUACGGAAUACACCGGUCACACGAUAUUGUAGUAAAUAUUAUAAGGAAGAGGGUCUCAUUCGCGCGGCACAUCGUUUUCGCUAUAUUACACGCCAUUAGAAUUCGAAUGUCCAUUGCAAAUGAGGAGUCGAAAUGACCCUUGUGCAUAAGACAUUGCCAUCUGUUCGACAUCACUUUUGUUCGCGAACGAAAUACGAUGCGCGAGGAUUAGAGAAGUGAAACUCGCGUUACUCGAAAUUUAAGCGAUGUAAAUUGAAACGCAAUUUUAUUCCAUAUCAAGUAUAAAAAUAUCAUAUUUUUUUCUAAUUCAAUACAUAGAAAAAUGUAAAAUGCGAGUUUUGCUUCUUAUCAAAUUGGAAAGGAAGCGGUAUUGCCUUUUCAAAAGUUUCAGGAAUAAAAAUAGUCCUAAGUGAUAAUACAAUCGAGAUCAAUCUUCGCUGUUCAAGAAAAUUAUUACAAAACGAUAUUACUUCAUUUUCAAUUUGAUAUCCGUUGUGGAUAUUCCUCAUAUUGUUAGAACACUCACGAUAGAAAUUAUUGACGUUUUCAAAAUCUGAAAUGUGAUAUCGCAGAAGUUUGAAAGGAGCUCUGUAUGAAGUAAGAGUUAUGCGACACCGUUUGUUCAUUGUAUGUCGAGAUUUAGUUAAAACUCUCAUUUUGUCGAAUGGGCCGUUACUCGUGUUCAAUCUCGAUUAUUUGGUAUGCGAAUUAUUUGCAAGUAAUAAUAAAGAGAAAAUUUGUCAGGUACGUUUGUCGGAUGAGCUCUGGAAAAUUAGAAAUGACUUUGCAUGGUGUUGUAUAUAGCAAUGAAAAUUACGUACCGCAAAGACAAAUACAUAAAUUGUACAGG